AUGGAGUACUUAUUAUUGUGCAAACAUGGUGCAAAAGUUUGGACUGAGGAGGAAUUGCCUGCAGGUCUAAUUCGCGAACGCCUACCAAACCACGUAGGAGUGAUGAUGGACGGGAACCGGAGGUGGGCAAAGUAUGAAGAAGAACUGAUAUCUUUGCUUGGUCCAGAUGGGUCAUUUAGUAAGCUAAAUCUCGUUACUGAACUAUGCUGCAAAUGGGGAAUUAAGGUCCUGACGGCAUUUAUUUUUUCUACUCAGAAUUGGAUUCGACCACAACACGAAGUGGACUUCUACAUGAAGGCCAUUGAAUUGUGUUUUUUGUCGAUAAAGGAUGUUUACUUGAAGAGUAAUGUACGUGUAUCUGUUAUCGGGGAUCUUUUAAAGGUACCGAUUUCGCUACAAAAUGUGAUGACAGAGAUAAUAGAAAUGACCAAGAACAACACGGGACUUCAUUUGAAUAUAGGGCUUAACUAUGGUGGAAGAGAAGAUAUUAUAAGGGCAUGCACAAGUAUUUCGCGCAGAGUAAAGAAUAACCUCAUUGAACCAGAAGAGAUUGAUGCAAAAAUGUUCGAUCAAGAACUUGAAACAAAAAGUAUUGAAUUCCCUCACCCUGAUCUAAUUAUCAGAACUAGCGGUGAGAAAAGGAUCAGUAACUUCUUAUUGUGGCAAUUAGCAUAUUCUGAACUUCAUUUUGAGGAUUGUCUUUGGCCUGAUUUCGGGGAGAAAGAAUUUAUCAAGGCAUUACGCUCGUUUCAAGAGAGACGGAGACGGUUUGGAGGAGAUAGUGAGGAAGGCUUGGGAGAGGAACUUUAUAAACAAGCUAUAGCGUCUAUGAAUGAAUAUGGUAAGCAGUUACUUAGUUCCAGCAACUAA